AAAAUUUGUUUAAAUUAUUUAGAUUUCGCAGAACUGGCAAUUUCCGGAAAUGUGUCAAUGUUAUUUGAACGCUUAAGACUGUACGAACGAGUGCUUGAAUUCAGUUAUUGGUGCACAAUACAGUGUAUUCGGGGGCUAUAGUUAAUUCCAUGAUGCAGCAACAGCCGCAGGCUCCGUAUGCGCCGUACGCCCCACAGUACCAAGGAUAUACAGAUCAAGGUGUAGGAUAUCCAACACCGACAGGAGGGUUCCCUCCGGCACCAUAUCCACCUUCUGGAACGGGAUCGCCAUAUCAUCCGCCAGGGUCAGAAUAUGGACAGCAAUCACAAAUAUACGCUCCGAAUCAGCCUUAUGGCGGCGGUUAUCAGCCUGUUGUCGUUCAACCUGGAAUGCCUGGCUAUCCACCACCGAUGAUGGCUCAACCGAUCCCAGGUGGCUGGAUGCCUAUUCCGCAAGGGAUACCGAAUUGUCCUCCCGGCUUGGAAUACCUUACUGCCAUUGACCAGUUGCUAGUACACCAGAAGGUGGAGCUGCUGGAAGCAUUCACCGGCUUCGAGACGGCCAAUAAGUACACGAUCAAAAAUACGCUCGGUCAGAAAGUGUACUGGGCGAUGGAAGAUACCGGUUGCUGCAACCGCAUGUGCUGCGGAGCGGCCCGUGCGUUUGACAUGAAGAUCCUCGACACGUUUCAAAAUGAGGUACUGCAUUUUAACCGGCCACUGCGAUGCAGUUCCUGCUGGUUCCCAUGCUGCUUGCAGACGAUGGAAGUCACAGCACCGCCCGGUAACGUGAUUGGUUAUGUCGAGCAGAACUGGUCUAUUCUCACGCCCCAGUUCAGCAUCAAGGAUCAGAACGGGGAAACGGUACUGAAGAUAUCCGGCCCUUUUUGCACGUUCAGCAUCUGCGGAGACGUAGAGUUUGAGGUGUUAGCUACCAAUGGCACUCAAGUAGGUAAAAUCAGCAAACAAUGGUCUGGGUUGGGUCGUGAGCUGUUCACCGAUGCAGAUCAUUUCGGAAUCAACUUCCCAAUGGAUUUGGACGUUAGGGUAAAAGCAACUCUGUUAGGAGCACUGUUCUUAAUUGACUACAUGUUCUUCGAAAAGUCGGGCAAUAAGGAGCAGGAUAGGCCGGGAAUGUUUUAAAAGGUCACAAAAUAACGUCGCUCCAAAGCGUGGUGUUCGUCUAUUUUUGUUACCAUUUGUUUUAAAAUAAUCUCGUUAUUCGAGGUGUUCAUUGAUUUAUACUUUGUGCUUCGAACCAUACCAAACCAUUGCAAUCCUUCCAAAGUUGUUACGCCAGUGUUACCGAAUGCUAUUAGAUCAAACCACCCAGAAAAGCAGUCCUGUGAUUUUUCUGCGUGGAUCACAGGAUAAGAUACUUAAAAGAGUACACCAUAACGGCAUUGUACGCACAACAAAAUUCGGUCUCGUGUCAUGGUGUAAUCAAGCAGUAUAAAAAUGUAGCAAAUCUAUCUUAGAACCAAAAGAAGGAUUUGUAAUUUACAACUUUGGCUUUUUACACCAACAGGAAUGUAGUAUAUCUAAUCAAAAAAUCAGGAAAACAAUGUAAACCUUAAAAACAUAACAACAUACGCAAUACGCACAAUAGCACACGCAAAAGCGAAAUCUUCCAUCUGUCACAGUAACGAUUAGCAUUAUCUCAACAGGUUCACACAUUUAUUCUAAAUAUUAAGAAUAAUCUUACAGAAUGUUGCAUUUGGCAUACCGUAUAAUUUACAGUACAUGCUGCAAAAGAGCGAGCCUCUUAUCCAAACCUACUUGGUUUAGGUUGACAAUGAUGCUAUACAAUAGGCAACAAUUGGCAAGAAUACAUACUUUCUGCCUUUCAUUUGAAACCACUUUCAAUUUCUUUAUAUGCGAUUAAAUAUGCUUAAUUUCUUCAUAUGCAAUUAAAUAUGCCUACAUUUCUAUGUGGUAACAGCGCUAUGAUUGUUAGGUAUUUGAUCUUUGAUAAGAUCCUCUAUGUCGCCUGUGCAAAUGUUUCCGAACAAUUUGGUCCGUGAUAUGAAAGAUUAAAGCAAAAACGGUCGCUACUGCAAACGCAAAAGCAUAGACCUGUUGAAGCUGUAACUAAAUAGUAACCCUUCAGCGAUGGGGUUUUCUGAACCUCAUUGCGUCCAUUUGCGAAUCUUUCUCUGUUUCAUUAAAACGCCAAAAUAUUAUUCCACAUCAUUACGAAAAGAAUGCAAACCGACGGUCAUACAGAUGUGUGAAUCAACGCUUCAUCGGUGAAAAACAAAUUCAGCUGAUCAAAAGUUAAUGCUAAAUUUACCCAGACCAUAUUUAUGUGAAUGUUGAAAAAUAAAACAAUU